AUGAACAGACGAAGCGAGGAACUAGAAGGCCGAAAGAGAACUGAUCUAGUUGCGCAAACAAAUCGACUCUCUCUUUCACCGAAGCAGCCCCUCCAUCCCGCAGCCUCUAGUCCUGCUGAUGUCAAAUCGCCUCAUUACGAUGAAGUAUUUAGCCUCUCUCCCGAAUCAGCUUUGAUGAUUCUUUGCGCCCAUGUUAAUAACUUAGCCAAACUCACUGGCGACAUACCCUCAUCUACGCCACCAACAGGAGGAAACAUCAUCGCAUCCCAGACGACGGAUGAUAAUUGCGCCAACCUCCCAAGUGCCGACAAUUUAUUAUCAAACGCCAACCCGAGAACGGGCGCAAAACAUCUCGAUACCUUCUGUCCAAUGGUAUUAAUCAAGAGCUUUUACUGCAAGCAGAUCUCCCCGAUAUCGUUGGCAGACUACCUCCUUCGAAUCCAUCGUUACUGCCCCAUGUCAACUGCCGUGUAUCUGGCUACAAGCCAAUAUAUCAGGCACCUGGCGAUUGUGGAGAAAAUCAUAUAUGUGACUCCGCGCAACAUGCACCGGCUCGUUCUAGGUGGACUGCGGGUAGCAGCGAAAAUUGUAGAGGAUCUCUGCUACCAACACAGACGGUUUGCUAAAGUUGGAGGAGUGACGGAGCGGGAGCUGGCGAAGCUCGAGAUUAGCUUUAGCUUCUUGAUGGAUUUCGAGUUGAGGGUUGAUGCCGAGAUGAUGUUUCAUGAGAUCGAGGCAUAUCGAGAAGAGUCACGCUUUCGGGGCCUAGAAUUCGUGGAUGAUGGUGAGAGAAUCUUCGUCCAAGGCGUGUUGACACUGACAGCCUCCUUGAGAUUCGCGAUUAUUGUGGCCUGGUGCUGGUUGGGGAAUACGAGGCGCCAAACAGCAAGAAAUCUUUCAGUCUCAAUUGUGGAGAUCAAUGUCCUCUGCGUCAGCCAGGCCAUGUGA